GUUUCCAAUUUAUUCAGUCAGUUUUAUUAUUGAAAGAAUAAGCUCUUGAACAAAAUGAAGUUGACUUUGGUUUUAUUCUUUGUUGCAGCAUUUGUCGGAUGUGCAUUGAGUGCACCAUUGGAUUAUAGUUGCACACCUGAAUCAUAUGCCGCUUACAAGGCACACUACACUAAGAGCUAUGCCACCCCAGCCGAUGAACAACUUCAUUACAAUAUUUUCUGUGACAAAUUGAAAACGAUUGACGAACACAACACUAAAUUCGAAAAAGGAGAAGUAACAUUCGAAAUGGGUGUAAAUCAAUUCACCGACAUGACUUCAAAGGAAAUUGCUGAAUCAAUUGGUUAAACAUUUACGAUCUAGAUCGCGUUGCAAUCCAAUAAAUAAAUGAAAGCUUAAAAUUUACAAACA